CAAUUUUAAAUGGUAAUAACAAAAUUUUUAAACAAACUUGAACACCCAAAAAAUCUUCAAUUAUAUGGGUUUAAAUGCUUUUUUUUUCUUAAAUUAAAAAAAAAAAAAAAAAAAAAAUUUUUUUUUUUUUUUUUUUUUUUUAAUAUUGUGCUGUUUUUUUUAUUUAACGCAUUACCUGUAGGCAUUCAAUUAACGACUAAACAAUAGAUUCACACUUGACAUGUUUAUUACUUUUAGAUUGGAACAUCAUCUCUAUUCUUUGAAAUUAAAAUGCAUGAAAAGAAAUAUAUAUAUAUAUAUAUUGAUCGAAAGAGAGAACGAUGUAUAUUAGAAAUAAACCAAUCGCCAAAUGAUACCUACAUAAAGUUUAAUAGCGUUACAGACAAUCUUAAAAAGGAAAAAAGAAAUUAAUAAUACGUUUUCUUUUUUUUUUAUAAUAAAUAUGGUGCAUCACUAUUUAAGUAAUUGUUAGUAGUACAAUUUAUUAUCAUCAAUCGAAUAUCAGUAACAUUUGUCAAGUAAAACAUCUAUUAAAUUGAAAAUAGGAUAAAAUAAAAAACAUACGUGACAUGUACAAAUGAUUAUAACAUAUGUUAAAGUGUAUUAAUACCUGUCAUGUCUGUGGAAGAAGAACGAUGGACAUCCAUUCUGCUACGAAUAGUCACUUUAGAUUUGUCUGAAAAAAAUAUUUUGAAAAAUUCAAAAUAUUUUAAAAAAAAAACUUUUUUCAUUUUAUUUCAUCAUCAUAUUUUCAUGAAAACAUCUGGUAUAUCAAUCAGUCGAGUAAUAUUUAAUAAUUAGUAUUUGUCAAAUAACGAGAAAUGUAUGACAUUCGAUUUUUGGUUAGACUGUAUCAUAAACUAAAGCAAAAUAUAUUUGUCAAAUAAAAAAGUUUCAUCUAAUAUAUGUAUGAUCAAAUCUUUAGUUUAAAAAUGAAUAUGUGUAUAUUGAGAUAAAAAAAAAAAAAAAACUCGAAUCAUGAGAAAAAACCCCAUCUGUAAUUCGGUUUCCUGAUACAAAAAUAUUAAAAAUCCAUGAUUUUAGUCAAGUAGUUUUUAAAAAAGUGUGCUGUAGGCGAGAUAAUUUGUUUAUGCUUUACCAAUAAUAAUAAAUAUAGUAAUUUGGUAAUGAAUCUCUAUAAAUAGAAUGUAAAAAUAACAAAAAUUAGUAAACAAAAAAAAAAAAGAUGAUAAUUAUAUCAGCAAUUGUUCCACUGAUUAAAAGAUGGUUCAUUUUUACUAUUAUAUUGUGUAUAGUUUUGUUGAUAAAUAUUGAAAUAACGUUAACAUUUGAUUUGAAUCAAAGUGAACAAUUAAAUUCAAAUUUAUCUAUAAUAGAAAAUUUUGAAUCAGUAUCCUCUAUCUCACACCAAACACUUGAAAUUUCGAAUAUCAAUGAUUAUUGGUUCACUACGUCAGAUAAUGAUUAUGAAUUACAAUUACUAGACAAUGAUGAUAAAAUGAAUACGGCAAAAUCUAAUUUAUUUGAUAUAUUCACACAAGAUGAAUAUGAUAAUGCACAUAAUACAUUUGUAUCAAUAAAACGAUCGUCCAAUGAACAUAUUAAAAAACGUGUAAAUACGAAGAAAAAAAAUAUUGGUAGUAUGAAACGUGCUGCUCCCCAAUCUCUUUUGUUAUUGAUGAAUUUUAAAGAUGAUGGAACAACAGCCUUUGUAAUUAUGCAAGGUAAUCAAAUUGUUUAUCGUGACAAUGGUUUAUGUAAAUAUGGACAAAUAUUUGAACCUAGUACGGGUGUUUGUCGAGAAUUAUUUUGUCAACAAAAUUCUAUUUUAAAUGGUACCGGUUGUGUAAUGGAUAAUAAUACGAACGAAAACGAUUUUAAACGAAUGAGUGAUAUUGAUUUAUCGCUAACAUUAAUCAUUCAUUCGGCAGAAAAUUCAUCAUCAUUACCAGAACAAAAGAUGGAAGUCGACAUCGAUGAUACGAAUAUUGUAGGACAAUUUCUGUUUGUGAAACCGACAAUAAAACAAAAUAAUAAAACAUGUGGAGAUUGGAUUAGCCUAUUUCAUGAUUCUAUAGCAGACUAUUUAAACAUUGAUCAUGAUAGAAUAACAAAACUUAGAUAUGAAAUUGAUCGAAAUAAUAUAACGAGUAAUUCUGAAAUAAAGGAAAAUAGACCAAAACGAUAUAAUAGUUAUGUUGAUCAAAAUACAAAUUUGUCAGACAUUCGAGAACAACGUUCAUCAUUGUUUAAAAAUGAAAUUAAUAAUGAAUUAAUUAAAAAACCAGUAGCUACGGUGAACUUUUAUUUUACUGUUAAAGAUCGUAAUGAAACAGAUGAUAAAAAAGAUAAUUUACAAGUUGUCAAUGAAUUGUUAAUUGCUAGUGAACAUCGAUUAGAAAUAUCUUUGUGUCAAAAUUAUACAUCAAACGUUGAAACAUUAUCAAUAUUAUCUGAUAAAAAUAAAACAACAACGGAAUGGUGUCCAGAACCCGAUCAUGUUUAUCCUACUAAUACUGCAACGUUAAAUGUUCGUCAAGGAACGAGUGGUGAAGUUGAAUAUUAUGUUUACGUUCCAGAAUUGGAGACAAAUUAUACUCUUGGAGACUAUAAUUUAGUUUUUCUUGUUUCUGCUGAUGGUACUCAACCAUCACAUACUAAUCAUGGAAAUAAAAACUAUCAGACAAAACGUAAUUCGGAAAUAUUGAACCAAAAACUUGAAGAAGUCUUUGUUUCAGCAUUAUCAUCAUCAGAUUAUGGAUCAUUAUUAUUGCACAUGCAAUCACAUAUGUCGAGUAUUCAACAUGAAUCAGAAUCGGUAAUAUCUCGUUUAAGAUCUCAAAUACAAUAUGUAAAAACGAUAACAACAACAACAGUAAAAAUGACAACAACAUCAAGCAAAACAACAGGAAAUACUCAAUCCGAUGAAGUUGUGAAAUUUUUUCAAGUUUGUAAUCGUGCACCUAAAAUAGUUCAAGCUUGUCCUGAUAAUCAAGUAAUGCGUAUUGCUUGGUGUGAAUUUGACAAAUUUAUAAAUAGAACAAUUAAAAAUCGUCGUACAGGCAAAUUGUUUACAAAUCGUGAAUACCAAUAUGAUCCAUACAUGCACGAUUUAUAUAUUAAUGUUUGUAAAUAUACAGCAAAAACAUCGGCUACUAUAAGUAUUUCUGAAAAAGCACCCGGUUUUGUUACAAUGGUAGCUACAUUAUUAUCGAUAUUUGCAUUAACGUCAACAUUACUUACAUAUUAUCUAUUUUCUGUACUCAGAAAUUUGCCUGGAUGGAAUACAAUUAAUCUAACAUUAGCAUUGAUAUUAGCUGAAAUUUUAUUUCUCGUUCAAAGUAUACUGUUAACAACAAGACCGUCUAUUUGUCUUCUAAUGGCAUUGGGAACACAUUAUUUUUUUCUAGCAAGUUUUUUUUGGAUGAAUGUAAUGGCAUUUGAUUUAUGGCAAACAUUUCAUAAAGGAUUUUCAUUAUAUAUAAGUGAAACUCGUGAACGACUACCAUUUGAGACAUAG